ACAAAACUUCCAUUUAUUUAUUUAUUAUAUAUAUAUAAAUUAUAAAUUAUAUAUACCUUUUGAUAUGUCUUCUCACAUUCCACAAAGGAAACUGAAAAGAAGGCGUAAUGGAUCUGAUUCCAUAGAUGAGAUUUUAUUAAGAUGGAGAAAUUUUAAUAAGGAGGUUAAUUCAAACAAUGAACAAGUGAAGAAGAAGAAGAAGAGAAAAUCUCCGGGUAAUGGAUCAAACAAAGGUUGUAUGCCAGGCAAAGGCGGUCCUGAGAAUUCUGGUUGUAAAUACAGAGGAGUUAGGCAGAGGACUUGGGGUAAAUGGGUGGCUGAAAUUCGCGAACCUAGGCUUUGGCUCGGUACUUACUCGACUUCUGGUGACGCUGCUAUUGCUUAUGAUGAAGCUGCUAAGGUUAUGUAUGGAUCCAAUGCCAUACUUAAUUUCCCCAAUUGUUGUGACAGGUCGAGUAAUACUCGAACAUCUUCACUUGAAUCGAGUGUUCAAUCGUCUAUUGAUCAUGAAGAUUUAGGUGUUGAUGAUGCGAAGAAUAUUGAAAUUGAGUCUGAUUUGAAAACAUCCGAUACACCAGAUGAUGAUGAUGAUGAUGGUAAUGGUGUUGUAAGUACAGAUUUAUGUUAUGAUUAUGCUAAUCAUGGUUCACCUGCUCGUUGCUUGACUGAUGAGGAAUUAGAACUUAUCCCGGAGAAGAACUCAUUAAUUGAUUUGGAGUGCAAUUCAAGAUAUUUUCCUAAAUCUCAAAAAUCUUGUGUUAAAGUUGAGAUACCUGUAAUAGAAGAAGAAAUUGACAAGGAUGAAUUUGUACAUAACGAUGUCUCAAACACAAUAGACGUGGAGCCAACCGUCAUGUGUAGCAAAGAUGACUUCUCGAGGCCUGAUGAAAAUUGUAACUCCAAUGAUCAAAUUGUGCUACAGGACAUGGAUUACUCGAUGAAUAUAUUGCAAGAACAACCAUUGGAUUUCAGAUCUUCUGAAAACCUGAAUGAAGAUGUGAGUACGAGUCUCGAAUACAUGGACCAUUUUCUAAUGAAUGAUAAUUGCUCAAUGGAAGCAACAAAUAUAUCAGACAUAUUUUCUUUGAAAGAGAACCAUGAUGAAGGUUUCGAUUUUCAGAGGUUUUUAGAAGAAUCAUUUGAUUUCAAACCAAUGAUUGUACCUCAAGAGUCUUCUGAGCUAAACUAUGCAAAGAAUGAGGAGCAAUUUGAUUGUACAUAUGCAUACAACCAGCAAAUUGAGCUGCAGAACUCAGAGACAAAUUCCGAGAUUCGAUCAGAUGGAAUUCAGAAGGAGCAAAACUUGGGUGCUUUCGGAUUAGAUGACUUUGGAGCAAGCAAUAAUUGGCAACCAGAGGAUAAUAUCGAAGAUUUGUCUAUAUUCAGCUUUGAUUUUGAUGUAUCAUCAUAUAUAAAUGAUAUUAAUUAGGAUAAUAUAAUGUUUAAAUUCAUUAUCCUUCUGAUACUUUUGUAAUUGUAGUCU